GCACGUCACUCCUCCCACGUCUCCACCUCUUCUCCCGCCGCCUUCUCCUUAUUUUUUCCUCUCGCCAUCACACAUCUCUCCACUUCCACCUCCACCUCCAUGGCGCCCACCACCACAUGCCAACGCAUCCUCCUCCUCCUCCUCCUCCUCCUCCUCCUCGCCAUUGCUCGGCCUGCCUCGUCGCAGCUCUUCACGCCGGCGCCGCCGCCACCGGUACAGGCUGCGGAUGGCGGCGGGAGCGCGGGCUUUAACGUGGCGACGUCGCUCCUCUUCGUCGGGGUUGUCAUCGCGCUCUUCUUGCUCGGCUUCUUCUCCGCGUACCUCCGCCGCUGCUCCGAGGCCGCCACCGCCGCGCACCGUCUCCGUGGGGGCGGGGGCGGCGGCGCGGUGCACGCCAGCGCGGCCGUGGCGGCCGCCGCCGCGGCGGCGUUCGCGGGGAGCGCCGGGAGGAGGAGGGGGCGCGCGGGGCUCGACGUCGCCGCGAUGGAGGCGCUGCCGGUGCUGACGUACGCGACGGCGAGGGCGGUGAAGGCCGGGCGCGGGGCGCUCGAGUGCGCGGUCUGCCUCGCCGAGUUCGCCGACGGCGGCGAGAAGCUCCGCCUCCUCCCCGGGUGCUGCCACGUGUUCCACGCCGCCUGCAUCGACGUCUGGCUCGCCGCGCACGUCACCUGCCCCGUCUGCCGCGCCGACCUCGCCGACCCGGCCGUCGCCGCCGCCGGCCACGUCCUUGCCGCUGACCUCGCCGCGCAGGCAGAGGCGCCCAACCACACGGUGGUCAACGUCGACACACCGGAGUCAACGAUCGGAAAGGACUCGCCGUCCGAUCAGCAGCCGCCGGAGUCGUUGACGGCGGAGGAGCGGGUGGACCGGUACACGCUGCGGCUGCCGGAGAGGCUGAAGAGGGAGAUCGAGGAGGCCAAGCUGCUCCGCCGGUCGGUGAGCGCGGUCACCGCGCCCGCGGCCGCGUCGAGCGGGCGGUGGGCGUCGGCGGCGUCGCGGACAAUGUCGGCGGCGCGUCCGAGCCGGCGUUGGUCGGCGCUGCUCCGUGCAUUGUCCGGGCCGCGAUACAGCGACAUGGACGGCGGCGGCGGCGGCGGCCGGAGGGUGGCGCCGCUGCAAACCCACGGCGCCACCGGCACGAGCCAUGGCGAAGGGGAGGACGUCGAGGUGGUGGUGGUGCACGGCGACGCCGGGACGGACGUGGAGAAGUACUACGCGCACAGCCUCACGUUCGCGGGAUUCGUGAUCGACGGCGACGUCGCCGCCGGCGACUGGAACCCCGAGGUGUUCCAGGUGUCCACCGCCGUUCCAGCCGCCGCCGGCGCCACAGCGAUGAAAUGCAACUCAUAUUGAUGAAAUUUAAUUUCAAUAGGAGCUGUACACAUUUUUCUUUCCUUGGUAAUCUUUUCAUUCCAGCAAUCCUUUUAGAAGUAGAAGAGGGGAUUAAAUGCUUAUGGUGAAUGUACCCCUAAUUUUAAUAGGAACUGUACAUUUUAGAUCAGACAAUUUGUUGAUGUAUGUGGUAAUCUUUGCAAGAACUACAGAACAUGAAAAAAAACCCCUAACAAUCUCUAAUUCAUGGGGAUA